UGCCUUGCAUAGGUCGGCGGGAAUUUCGAAACAAGAUAAGAAAUUAAAAUGCUCUCUAUGAAAAUAAUUUUUGUUCUCAGCUUGGCCGUGACAAUUGUUUCAGCUGGCAUUGGCGGCGGCAUAAAGGAGCUCUCUGGUGAUGAUCUGAAGGAAGCCGAACAAAUCCUAAAUGAUUCGCUGGCCAAAUUGGCAAGCGGCGAUGGACCCAACUACAAACUGGGUAAAAUCAUCAAGGCCACUCGUCAAGUUGUUUCGGGCAGUAAAUACAUCUACGAUGUGGAACUGAUUGAGGGCAACAAUACGAAGGUGUGCAACGUGAAGAUCUGGUCCCAGCCCUGGCUCGAGAAUGGAAUCGAGGUCACUUUCAACUGCCCCGACGGACAAGUGGUCAAGAAGCACGGCAUCUAAGUUGAUUGCCUCU